AGGUUGAUUUCUUCUAACACUGAGUUGCCUUUUUUUUUUUGUAUUCAAGGUGGAAUGAAGAGAAUAAAGAGGAAAGGGGAAGAAAUAAGCAACAUCUCAGUGGGUCAGUCAGUCUCAGAAUACUGACAGAAAAGUUUUCGAGGUACAGUUGUCAGAAAGGAGGUCAGUCAGGGACAAACCAGCCUAGUUAUCACAGCUUGAAUGGGAGUGGCCAAAGGCGAAUGAUUAAAAAUGGAAGCUGAGGAGUCGAGAAAUGAGGCAAAUAGGAAGUUGUGGAGUCAGGAAUAGACUGGGCAGAAAGUGUAGGUCACACAGCUUGAAAGGGAGUGGCCAAAGGUGAGCGAUUCAGAAAGGAAGGAAGGAAAAAUGAAGAGGUGUGGGGGUCAGGAGGAGGCCGGGCAGCUAGCCCGGGUGCAGAAGCAGCUGAGGAAGAGGGCAAGGUCUAACCCAAGGGAGAUGUGCCCGGGGCAGAUCUGAUAGGAGUGAACCGAUCCAGGGAGGCAGGUCUAAUAGGGGGCAGGUCCGGCCAGGGACAUACAUCUAUAGACACCUACAGAGGGAGGCAGGUCUGUUGAAAGUUAGCUCCGGUAGGUGCAGCCAAGGACAAGGAGCCCAGAUUGUCGUUCGUAGCAGCCCCCGGGGCGCGUUGGAAGGACGCGGCUGUAGGGCUGUAGGUCCACCUUCACGUCUACACCGACGUCUCCACUCGAGGCGCUGUCAGACAGCUCCGGGGUGGGUGGAGGGGAAGCGCACUGAGCCACGGUUAGGCUGGAGGCGAACGAAACAAUGUGGGGCUGGUGGCAGGUGGUGCCGCGGAUAGCCCAGCGCUACCCUUGGCCCACCAACGUACUGCUCUAUGGGGCUCUCUACUCAUCCGGGGACGCACUGCAGCAGAUGCUGCGGGGUUGUGAGCCUGACUGGCAGCAGACGCGGCGCGUGGCCACCGUGGCCAUCGGCUUCCACGCGAACUUCAACUACGUGUGGAUGCGGCUCCUGGAGCGCGCGCUGCCGGGCCGCACACCGCGCGCCGUGCUGGGCAAGGUGCUGUGCGACCAGUUGCUGGGCGGGCCCAUCGCGCUGAGCGCCUUCUACACUGGCAUGAGUAUACUUCAGGGGAAAGAAGAUACAUUUUUGGACCUGAGACAGAAAUUCUGGAAUACAUAUAAGACUGGUCUCAUGUACUGGCCGUUUGUGCAGCUUACCAACUUCAGUUUUGUUCCUGUUUACUUGAGAACAGCAUAUGUGGGACUGUGUGGCUUUUUCUGGGCUACCUUCCUUUGCUACUCACAGCAAAGUGGUGAUGGGACAGUGUCGUCAGUUUUUGCGUGGCUUAAGAAAAAGGAGGCGAGUGAAGUCGAAAGGUCCCCAGAGAAAUGAUUGCCUUUAAACAAAUCAUUCUCAUCAAGUGGCCAAAAUUUGUUUUUUAAAGUGCAGUGAGUUGAAUCAAGGAAAUAUUAUGCUAUUUAAUAAUUCUUAUUUCUAAAUAUAACAUGCUUUAUUAUGAAGUAUUACUGUAUCAUAGAGAAGAAAUUUUAGUAUUAAUAGUUUUUGUAUAUUUUAUUAUCAAAAUGUCUUCAUUUUUGGUUUGAAAGAACAAAAGGGAUAAGGCUCUUGUCUAUUUCACUUAAAUAAUAUUUUACUUAAUAUAAAUUUAAAAGUGUCAUUGCUUUUAAUAUAGCAAUUGCUAUUGUCACUUUUUACCAUUCUUAUAAUUUGAUUAAAAAACUAUGAAAUGAUAUAAUAUAAAUGAUAUAAAGAAUAGUAUUUACUAGAUUUCAGGAACUGUUGUUAUUAGAAAAACAAUAACAAGGACCAAAUUAGAAGUCUUUGUAUUUCUAUAUAUUUUUUCAAACUCAAAAUAAUGAAUUCAUAUUUUACUCCUUUAGGCUCAUAGUCCUCUGUGCCAAAAGUGGCCUUAAGCAAAAAACCUGUGCACACAGAAACCAAAUAAUCAGAAAGAUCAAAUAACUGAUUUUUUUCAGAAUACUAUUGAUAAUCGAUAAUUAUAAUGAACUAAGGAACUGCAAGGUCCUAAAGUACUCUUAAUCAUCAAAGAAAAAUUAUAAAAUUGCUUUAGUGUCAAAAAUUUUAUUAUGUUUUACUUCUUUUAAAUCUGAGUUUUUGCUUCAAAUUUUAACUUUUAUUUAAAACUGAAUAUUUAGUUAUAACCGGAAUAUUAUAUCUCCCAGUUCAAGUAAAUGGCAGUUUUAUUCCCCACAUAUACUUUACCUAUAUAAAGCAACUGAAAUUUUCAAGAACAUGUUAAUAAAUUUUCCUUUUUUUGUUCAAUAGAAAAUUAUGUAUGGAUUUCAGUAAAAGCAUCCUAAAUACGGAUAUUGAAUUUAUAUUUAAAAAAAUUAAGGGUUUCAAAUAAAUUUUAAUAGUUUUGAUUCAGCUAUUUUAGAAUUAUUUAAGGUUUAUCUACAUUCAAAGCUUUUAAUUUGAUGAUUAAGAACAAAUAAAUUGUGUAUUUCUAAAAUGAACCAUGUAAAAGAUUUAUCAAAAUUCACAAGAGAAUGAAACCAGAAAAUUCUUGCUUUCAUGGUGGUUUUUCCAGAAUUAUAAAAUGUGAGGCACUGAGUUUUUGAGAAAAAAAUGCAUUUGUUUUGUUCUUAGGAGUAUAAUUUGUGUCAUCUAACCUCAUAAAAGAUAGCUCCUUUUUUGAAAAAGCUGUUGGAAAAUUUAGUAGAUGUUAAUAUCAGGUAAUUCACAGAUUUAAUUCUGAAACUGCUUUCUGUGUUUUCCAAAUUGUAGCUUAUUGGUAGUGUUUUUUAGUAGGAGUUAUUUCAAGUGUAAAGCUAUUUUUCAGUAUAAAAUGCAAAAUUUAAAUAAGUUGUCAAACAGAACUUCUUGAGAAAAAAUUACUAAUAUUUUUAGUUUUAGCUUUUUAAUUAUUUUUAUGGUGGAGAAACAACAUUUGCAUUGCCUUUAUGAAAAAUUUUGGAAUAAUUAGAGAAUGAAAACUUGCUCUAUACUAACAAAUUAAAAUAUAAUAUUCACAAAAAUUCUAAAAGGGUAUAGACCUUUCUUUACUAAAAGGGUGGGUUAUGGAGAGCCAGGCUUAGAGAUGGUAUGUCUUGGGUUCAAAUUUGGCCUCAGUCACUUCCUAGAUGUGUGACCCUGGGCAAGUCAUUUAACCUCCUUUGCCUAGCCCUUACCACUCUUCUGCCUAAGACAGAAGGUAAGGGUUUAAAAAAAAAAAAAGAGUAGGUUAUUCAUUAAGGCUUUAUACCCUCCAGGAUUUUUGCAUAUAAUAAACUUGAAUUUCUAGAGUAAGAAUACAUUUUUGGUACAAAGGAAAAAUGAAGUUAAGUUUAUUUAAGAUGGAAUGCUAGCAAUUUUAUUUUAUUUAUUCAGGGGUCUACUACAUUCAAGGCACUCUGCUGACAAUGUGGAUGGUACAAAGAAAUAAAAAAACAGUCCCUGCCCUUAAAGACCUUACAACUUAAUUGUAAAAGAUACCUUCAUGAAAAGGUAAAUAACAAGAGGCAGCUAGGAAGCCCAAUGGAUAGAGCUAGACCUGGAGAUGGGAGGUCCUUACUGCUCUUCUGCUUUGAAACCCAUCCUUAGUGUAGAUUCUAAGAGAAAAGUUAAAUGUCUUAAAAAAAAAAUUAAACAACAGUACAAGAAACAUUACAAAAGUAGUAUAAGAUUGCCAAAUGAACACAGUCAGUAAUUGCUGUGGAUUUACAAGAGGAAAAGCUCAUUCUAGACUGGUAUGAUCUGGAAAGGCUUCAUGGAGGAAGAGAGGUUUUAUGAUAAGAUUUGGAUAGCCAGAGAAGGGAAAGAACUAGAAAUUUUAGACAGUUUUUCUGAAUCUAACUUCUUGUUAAUGAUAAUAAUUUAAUCUUUUUAACUUCAUGGGGAAGUUGACUCUUGUUCCUUUUACUUAUUGCACUAAAUUUUUUUUUUUGUGAUUUGAACAUUUUUAUUUAAUUAAUUAAUUUAGAAUAUUUUUCCAUGGUUCCAUGACUCAUAUUCUUUCCCUCCCCAUCUCCCACCCCCCUCCCAUAGCCAACAAGCAACUCCCCUGGGUUUUACAUGAUUGCACUAAAAUUUACAGCUCAAAUGAAUUAAUUUGCAUAUUUAAGACUAUUAUUAAAAUGCAACUAUUUUGACUGAAUUGACCAAAUCAAUGUGUUAUCAACAUAGCCUUGGUAAUUUUUAAUAGUUUUACUAGGGCUGUUUAUUUACUGGGGCAGACUGAAAGCUGUAACUUUUAACUUAUUCAAAUUUUCAAAAAUGAGUACUUUAAAAAAGAAAACUGGGGUCCGGGCAGUUGGGUGGCCCAGUGGAUUGAGAGCCAGGCUCAGAGAUGAGAGAUCCUGGGUUCAAAUCUGAUCUCAGUUACUUCCUAGCUGUGUGACUCUGGGCAAGCCACUUAACCCCCAUUGCCUAGCCCUUCCCACUCUUCUGCCUUAGAAUCAAUAAGACAGAAGGUAAGGAUUAAAAAAAAGCACUAAAAUUUCACUCCUAUGCAUAGCAGAUCAUUGUGUUAAUUAAAAAAAAAUGAUCAUCUCUUGGCACUCCAUUUGAAGGUACGCCAAGAUCUUUCUUGUUUCCUGUAAUAGUUGAACAUUAUGUAUUAGUAGUGGCAGAGCAUUUGGAAAAAAUAUAAUAUUCCAUUCUUUACACCAACAUCUUGUCUUGAGAAAGGAUCUAUCCAUGUGUUCUGCAAGUUUUCUUGUACUCCUAAUUGAGUUUAUCUUCUGAUAAUAAUACCAAGUAGUCAUCUUGAUGCCAGCAAAUGUGGACCUUGUGAUGGCCACCUUUCCUUUGUGUUCAUAAGCAACAAUUGUUUGAAAUCAGAAAGUGACUAAGUAAUUGGAAAUAUAAAUUAGGAGAUGCCUAUGGAUAGGAAAGUAUUCUUGUAAAGCUAAAGGAAGAGUGACCUAGAGAUGGGGAGACAUUGAUUCUUUGAUUUAAUCUGGCUAAUGAAGUUGUAUUGUGCUGGUCACUGCUGCUGAAGCCCAGAGAAUAAUUUCUUCCUUGGUGGACAGUUGUGAUUAAUCUAUUCAGAUGAAAACUUAUGAAGGAUAGUUGAAGGUUUGUAAAUAGGAGAGUAUGGAAUGAGGAUUUUACUACACUAACAUUUCAAAAUUUACACAGAUCAGGUUUCUUUACCUAUGGGUCCAUGAACUUGUUUUUAAAAAUAUUUUGAAAACCAAAUUUCAAUAUUGUUGGUUUCCUUUCUAAUCCUAUGUAUUGUAUUUUAUGAAUUUAACAUUAUCUGAGGUCUAUAGGCUUUGCCAGACUGCUAACGGGGACCAUGAUUCCAAAAAAAGGUUAAGAAUUCCUCCCUUUGAUUUUUUUUUGUUCUGUUCAUCUUUCCUUUUUGUAUUUCUGUCUCUUUUCCAACUAUCUACUUUCCCCACACCAAGUUAAUUAAUGACUAUAUGGAUUUGAAUAUAUUUUAAAUUAUUUAUUACAUUUACCAAAUAAGUAUUAUUUUCUUCAUUUUUAAUUUUACAAUUAUGACUUUAAGCUCUCAUAUAUGUGUGUAUGUGUCUUUAAAAAAACCUAAUCAUAUUGUUACUUUUUGCUAAUAUAAGGCCUUUUAAUGAUUUUUCCAUAUUUUAAAAUUACUGUCCUGUGCUUGUUGCCUUUUCUCACCAGUUCCUCAAAUGCCCUGUGUCUCCUGACAACACAGUCUGCUGCUUUGCUUCUAUUCAUGCUUACUUUAACCUAAAGUUCCCCAUAUAUCCAAAUCACUUCUUUCUUUUGCUUCCUUCCAUUGCCUUCAAAAUACCCAUCUUUUUAGUAAAGCUGUUCUCAAAUUAAUCUAAUUAUUGGCAAAUUGUGGAUGAAUUUCUCAUCUGUAAAAUGAAUGAGGUUGGAAUAUCUAUAUAAUCUCUAAAAUUCUUUGUAUUUCUAAGUCUGUAAUCCUGAGUCCUAGAGGUGUGCUAGACCCAGCUCUAACCAGUCCAAGAGAGCUGAUUGUUACAUUUUUAGUGUGAGUAUUGACACCUCAAAAAUUGGCAAAUGCUACAAAUCAGGGUUUGAUUUAUUGUUUUAUUGACUGUCUAAAUUUAAGAAAGUGAUAGAGAAAAAUGUUAAUAAUGCAAAUUAAAUUUAAAAGUGUGUCAUAUGUCUCUUUCUAUAAUAUUUAUACUUCUGAGAUCCAAUUAUUAGAUAUUUAUCAGAAUCCCUCCCUAUGACUACUAUUCCCCCAAUAUUCUCGUGUGUGUUCUUGUUGACCCAAACAACAUUUGUUGAUUAUCCUAUGAUAUGGGGAAGGCAUUUUGGUGAGGUGUACCUUUAUGACACUGCUUGAAACUUAGCACUUAUUUCCUCUAGUCUUGUAUAUAAGACCUGUUCUAGAUGGAGAGAAGAAGCAAUUCUUUCAUCAGUUUUUUAUUUGGAUUUGAGGCUGAGGUGAUCUUGAACUUAACUCUUUGAUAAACAUGAGCAAGUCUAGAUUUGGAGUAGAUGGGAUUAUUUUACCCUAACUUGAGCACAGCUUUGUGUUCACUUAUGUCCUGGAUACACAUGGGAGAGCAACCUUUCAGAAGCAGCAGACUGUGGACACCUUUUGCUUUUUAAAAUAGGAAGUAAUUGAAUUUUUUUAUUUAUGGGACUUGGAAUAUUCUCAUGUGAUUCAGCAGGUCCUUGUUCCUUUUAUCUCUUAUGAAUUGAUGCCCCCUAAGUCCUUUCCACAUUCCAACCUUUUCUCUUUCAAAGCCCAACCACCUCCUUAUCUCAUUUUUCUGGGGGUUACACUGAAAUUCAUUAAGUUAUCUUUGCUUCCCUAAGUUACUGUUCAACUAAGACCUAGCCCCCAGGAAGACCACUUCCAAUCUCAGGGAUUCUUAGCUCCAGAGGUCCAAAGAUUUAUCUUCUUGAGGAGAUGGAGAUCAGAUGAAUUGGUAAAAAAGCAUAGCCAACCCUUCCCUAAUAUCCACUAAUUUCAUGUAUGCCCACUCAAUUGUGAUUUCUUUGUUUUUCAUAUGGUGCAGGGUUUGUAGAAUGGGAUCAUUUGUUUAGAACUUGAAAUAGGAAAAAAUAAAAUAAAAGGAACAUUUUUCUUCCUCUCUCUCAAAUCAUACCCCAUUUGGGUGAUCACUUCUUCCACUUAUACAUAAGACCAGUCAUGGCUCUUUCUCUUGGGCAGCUAAACCAUAUAAAAUGUGAAAUUCAGGUUAUUAUCCAGAUCUUUCCAAAUAACAUGAUAAUUGAGUUUUAGUUUAGGUAGUAGAUUAAAUACUUUUAUAUCCUUUUUGGUAUACAAAUUCAAAAUUGACUUCUGUAUAGAUUCUAAGCUCCUCUAGGGCAGAGAUAAUAUCUAGUUCUUUUGAGCCACUACAUCCUUCUUCUGUGCUUGGCAAAUAUUAAACAAAUAAUUCUCUACCUCUUGAUUGAUUUUAGUUGCCUCCUGGAGGGUUAAGUGCCUGAUAUGAGGCUUAAGUACUGACUUCUCAGUAUUAGAGAUAAAAUGCCAUAUUUGAUUACUAGUAUAAUAUUUACCAGAAAAAUGAGAUAAGAAAACAAUUUUCAAAACAAUUUUAAUAGAAAAUGUCACUGUGAAUUGGGAAAGUGAAGUUGAUUACAUUUUAAAGAUUAAAUUGUAUAUGUAUAAAACCUGUAAGUUAAAAUUAUGUUUUGUUAUGUCUUCAUGAAAAAUAAAUUAAUCUUAAUCAUAAAUACAACAA